CCCCUUUGUCGCUGCCGCUGCCGCUACCGCCGCCUCUGUUGCCUGUCUCGAUUAAAUACCGCUACCGCACCCGACGAUCCGCUUCCAGGCAAAGCACAAACCUUCUUCUCACACUACGCCAUGGCAAACUCGCCAUUCCACACGCCCCCAAGCAAUCGUCUCACCGUCUCCUCGCUCCUCUCCCCACCUGAGAUGAAGCGCUCAGAGUCGUUUGGCUCUUCAAUUGCUUCUGCCUCGACCCAAUCGCCCUUUACCUCGUUCAAUUCGCUGCAAUUGAAGCCCAUGAUGGCCCAGGACUCCACGUCGUGCCACGCACCCGCCCCAGUCCACCGCAUCGCCUACGCCUCCCCCCCAAUCUCACCCUACGACGCUCAAUCGCAAAAGGAGAACAUGGACGCCGUCGACGAUCAGGGCUCGCGGGACCCUCCGCUCUUCGUUUCCCCCCAUGCUGCCGCCUCCAUGGCCGAAAUGCCGCUCUUCCCCCAGGAGUCAGCCGAGUCAGCCUCGCAACACGCCAUCACCGCACACAUGAAGUCGCAAGACUACGCACGCCUGCACAGCAAGCCCUCGCGUGCCGACUACGAGCUCGCCGUCUCGUUCCGUUCCAAUGUCUUUGCCGAGGCCACCAAGAACCCUCGCCGCUGGUGGGCUCAGGAGCGCCGCUUCGACGACUACUACGGCCGCCCGACGGGCGUGCAAAAGCGCACCGCCCUGAAGAAGCUCGCUCCGGCUCCCUCUGCCAGAGCUCGCCAGCCAAAGGUUGCUCUCCCACGCAUGCCCGUCCGCACGCCUCGUGCACCACCCAAGGCCAGGCGCACCCCCCUUACGCCGGUCCGCGAGUCAUUCGACACCGCCGCCGCCUCCUCUUCCUCUUCCUCCGCCGCCGCUGCCGCCUCCGCAGCUGCUGCCCCAAAGUCCGCCUCCCCUAAGCCAGCCCGGCCCGCGACAAAUCGCGACGACUCGGACUACAAUGCUCUUCCCGACUACUCGCCUCCUCUCGACACGCUGCCCAAGGGCAACACCAAGAUUCUCAAGGCCGAAUGGAAGGGCCAAGCCCUGUCGCUCACCGACGAUCCCGACCGCGACCUGCUGCACGAGGCUGAACUCAACCUUGCCGGCACCCUUCGCCUUAACUGCGCCACCUAUCUGACCAGCAAGCGCCGCAUCUUCCAGGCCCGCAUCGAGGCUCUGAGAAUUGGCAAGGAGUUCCGCAAGACGGACGCCCAACAGGCGUGCAAGAUCGACGUCAACAAGGCUAGCAAACUGUGGCAGUCGUAUGAUCGGGUCGGAUGGUUCAACCCAGACUACUUCCGCCAAUACCUUUGAGCGCAUUUGCAUUUCCCACGCUUGCAUGACGCCACCGCACUUUUGAUAAUUAUCCGCAACCCCCCCCUCGACGCGCAUGGGGAGCGAGUUAUUUCUUUUUUACAUUUUGCUACGAUGCACCAAUUUGCUUAUAGCAUCUAACGGCCCCUCCCCCUACUGAAUGAGUCUGUUCUCUUUCCGGACAAGAUGGAUCCGAGUUGAUUGAGGUGACGGCUGUCGCCCUCGGCAUGAUUCAUGAACGGCGUUUUCUCAUUUAAUUGUUCUUUUUCUUAUCUUUUCUUUUUUUGGUUUUGAUCCGGAUCUUUGUUGUUGGCAUGAGCAGGAGUUUGGGUCAGGCGCGGUGUCCUCCCUUGGCGUUUGGGCUUUGUUGUUUUUCUUCUUUGUCUACGGCAUGCGAUACC